UUCAUGGUUCAUGGGUAGAGUGGGCAAAUGGAUGAAGACAAUGAAGAGGGAUGUUAGUUGGAGAGGUAUACAUUACAGAAAACAUCUGCUUGGAUUGACAUUGUUUUGGACCUUUUUGAAUGCAACAACAACAAAACAUUUAAGAUUGGAAUUACAUUUUUGGAAUAUGGGCAAUGAUAACAGAUUAACGUCAUAAUGAGGAAACAUGAUAUAAAAGCAUUGUGAAAUGACCUGCUGAGAAAGAUAAAGAAGAUUUUGUGAAUUCUGGAUACUCCAGUUGAGUUGAUGACUCAAGGCAAGCAGGGCAAUAUUUGAGUAUUUUGGUGCUCGUAUGUUCGCUCAAAACAAGACGGAUGCUGUACACAGCAGCGAUGAGAACUCUGAAGUGUUGGAGGAUUCCUGUCAUACUUACGAUCCUACAGCAAACAUGGAUUUUUGCUUUGGAAAUUCCUCCUGAGGUCAGGCAACCUCCAAUGAUCAUUAAAGAGAGUGUUCAAGAUCACAUAGUAGAUCCAGUUGACCCCAUUAUAGUGGAGUGUGAGGCAACCGGGAAUCCACCUCCAGUGUUCACAUGGACACGUGAUGGGGUUUACCUGAAUGUGGCACGGGAUCCUCAGGUCAGCAUGAGACGGCGUUCUGGCACAUUAGAGAUUUUCUUCUGGGGUCGCCCUGAUGACUAUGAAGGUGUCUAUCAGUGCACAGCGACUAAUGAGUUUGGCUCUGCUCUGUCCAGUCACAUCCAUCUGCGCGUCUCCAAGGCCCGUACUUGGUUGAAGGAGUAUCUGGAGCCAGUCUCAGUGGUGGUAGGACUUCCUCUCAUCCUUCCCUGCAAUCCCCCAGUAGGCCCUCCAAAACCUGACACCUACUGGCUGAACAGCACUAUGACGCCAAUCCGGCAGGAUCGACGAGUGUCAAAGGCAGAGAAUGGAGAUCUGUACUUCUCCAGUAUCGUAGCAGAAGAUGCUCUUACGAACUACGUAUGUGUCGCCCGCUUCCCCUUCACAAACACCAUCCAGCAGAAACCUCCCCUCAUCCUGCAAGUGCUCACAGCUCGCAUGGCAGCCCAUACGGCACCCAAGUUUCUGAAACCCAAAGGAACUGUCAGCACAACAGUUGCAAUGCUGGGGGAAGAACUUGUUUUGGAGUGUUUUGCUGCUGGAGUUCCGACUCCCUCCAUCAAAUGGACUAAAGAUUGGGAGGAGAUGUCUAUGACUGGAAAGAAGUUGGAGAAUUUUAAUAAGACUCUUAGAAUAAAGAAGAUCUCCAUGGAUGAUGGAGGAGACUACAUCUGCACCGCUUCAAAUAGGAUGGGCAGCCUGGACCACGUCAUCACUGUCAGGGUCAAAUCGGUUCCGUUCUGGGUGGAGAAGCCUGAGAGUCUGGUUCUGUCUCGUGAUGACAGCGGUAGUAUAGUGUGUAGAGCUGAUGGUAUUCCUCGACCCCAGAUACAGUGGCUGGUUAAUGGAGAGCCAAUCAGUGAUGCUCCUAAGAGUCCAGGCAGGCAGGUUUCAGGAGACACUUUGAUUUUUAAUGGUGUGGUUCCAGACAGUGCUGCUGUGUUCCAGUGCAAUGCUUCAAACCAGUAUGGCUAUAUCAUGGCAAAUGCUUUCUUGGCCGUAAUGGAUAUGAAGCCUCGUCUGCUGGGUCCCAGAGAUGAACUAGUUAAGACAACAGAAGGCAAUAAUACUCAUUUAGACUGCCCAUAUUUUGGCUCUCCUAAACCUGCCCUGCGGUGGUCAAAAGGAGGACUAGGUACCUUAGAGGGAAAUCAUUACGAGAUUCUUCCAAAUGGUACAUUGGAAAUCAGAAACACAAAGCUACAAGAUCAGGGAUCGUAUGUGUGUGUUGCAAGCAAUGUCAUUGGACGAGAUGAGAAGGAGGUCCAACUAGAGGUCAAAGAGCCCAUUAAAAUUGUUCGUGCCCCACACAAUACUGUAGUCAUAAGAGGGAGUCUGGCUCGCUUUGAUUGUAAGAUUAAAUUUGACCCGACUCUGGACGUUACCGUUACUUGGCUUAAGGACAAGACGUUCUUGAUCUUAGGAAGAAGGAUGACAAAGGAUGAGGAUUCUCUGAGCAUUGCUGAUGUGUACAGAAGAGAUGAAGGCGUCUACACCUGCAGGGUUAAAAGUGAACUGGAGGAGGUCACUGCCUCGGCCAAACUCAUUGUUAUGGACCGUCCAGACCCGCCCACUGAUUUGGAGAUAUCAGACCCAUCAGAGAGGAGCGUCAGACUCACAUGGAUUCCAGGACUGAGCAAUCACAAUCCUAUUAAAGAGUACCUGGUUCAGUAUACUGAAGAUCUCCUUGCAGACUAUUGGCUAAUACCGAGCGGCUGGAAGAACCUGACUAGUUAUCCAGGGAACCUGAACUCUGUCGUUUUACAGCUAACACCAUUCGUAGAGUACCGAUUUCGGGUCAUUGCUGUAAAUGGCAUAGGACCCAGUAAACCCAGCUGGCCAUCUGCAUACUACCAGACUGGAGGAGCUGUGCCUGAUGCCAUCCCAAGAAACAUCCAAGGAUUUGGAAGUGGAGUGUUCAGAAAUAACAUGGAAAUCAGCUGGGAGCCACUGGAGUACAGAGAAUGGAAUGGGCCGAAACUGGGCUAUAUGGUUUGGUGGAGACGGAGGGAUUCAAGGGAGGAGUGGAAGAACUACACAACGUACUGGUGGUGUAGCUACAUCAUCUAUGACACUGAUACCUUCACGCCCUAUGAAAUUAAAGUUCAGGCCAUCAACUUCUUCGGCUAUGGCCCAGAAUCCCCUGUUGUGAUUGGUUACUCUGGGGAGGACCGUCCUGUUGCCGCUCCGUCUGAUCUGGGGGUGUCAGACAUUGAAAGCACAGAGCUGACGGUCAAUUGGGAACCAGUGGCACGAGCCGACAUCAUGGGUGAAAUAAAGGAGUACAAAGUUUAUUACUGGAGAGAGAGCAGUCGACUGCCCUGGCACAUUGUGAGCAGGAGGAUUAAGACCAAGAGUUUUAAAGCUAAUGGACCGCGUCUGUCUGGGACCCUGACUGGUCUUGUCCCGUAUAGCAACUACAAGAUGUAUAUUGUAGUGGCCAAUAACCGCUACGAGGGUCCACCCAGCAACACCAUUGAGUUUCAGACACCUGAAGGAGUGCCCACGGUUCCCAGGUCGUUCAGGAUCAUGCACCGGCACUAUGACACCAUUUAUCUGGACUGGGAGGAACCUGCAGAACCCAAUGGCAUUCUGACUGGGUACAUUCUCAAAUAUCAGAUGUUGAACAUCACUCUGGGGGACAGAAUCCAAGUGGAAUACAUUCCUCCUAACAUCACAUACUUCUCUCUGCGCCGUUUGGACCGAUACACUCGAUACAAGUUCUCAUUGGCAGCACAAACCGAGGCUGGAGUCGGGGAGGCGUUCACAGAGGAAUCGCCCCAUUUUACAACUGAGGAAUAUACCCGGGACCAAGUGGACAUUGUGACGCAGGGCUGGUUCAUUGGCUUAAUGUGUGCGAUUGCUCUCCUCGUUCUCAUUAUGCUCAUAGUCUUUUUCAUCAAGAGGAGCCGAGGAGGAAAGUACCCAGUGCGGGACAAGAAGGACUUUGCACUGGAGCCAAUGGAUGAUAGAGAGAAUGGAACGUUUGAUUACAGGUCUCUUGAGAGGAUAGCACGAGUGUCCACCAUGCCCUAUAGCAGACGUGAGGAGGAAAGUCGACAGGGACGCAGUCAAGGUGCGAUCGAGCACAUUGGCAGGAGAACGAACAGUGACGACAGCCUCAUGGAGUACGGUGAAGGGGAAGAGAUCGAGUUUAACGAGGAUGGCUCCUUUAUCGGAGAGUACACUGGUGUCAGUAAGAGGAACAUCGACAGGAGCCCGUACCAUGACAGCUCUGAGCCCACAUCUCCUGUGGCCAUCUACUCUUUUGCAUAGAGCUCAUGGUGUCUGAUUAAACCACUUUUUACAUAGACGGACUGAGACUAUGAUUCAUUUAAUCUGUUAGACAGGCUGGAAAUGAUGUAUAUAGGUGUGUUUUAAAGGUAAAACAGUGUUUCUGGGGGUUUACAGAAAAAGUGCCAAUCAGAUUUGUUUUUCAAAUCCACAAAUCACAUGAGAGGAAGCCAAGCAAAGAUGUCUUGAUGUGUUUAUCAUGUUGAUAAGAAGACGUAAGAGAGUUGAUGGAAGCUUGCUUUGCUGAGCAAACUCAUGUUCAGUUAAUAAAAUAACAUUCAGGAUCAAUUCACACAGAUUUACUUAGCAUAGACAUCUGCUGAAGAGAUGUUGAGCAUCAAGAACUUCCACAAUGCUUUGUUACUUAGUGUUUGAUAUCACUGAUAGUUGCCACUAAUUCUCAUAUUUUAUUUUCUAUAGCACCAUUUUCUCUGUAUUUAUCUGUGUUUGCUGUACUGUAGGUCACAUUAAUGGACUACAAACCAUUUAUUCUCACACAAAAUACAAUCUAACCCUCAGCUGCUUAUUGUCGUAUGAUGUAUAUGUUGGUUAUUGUAUAUUUUUUUGGUCUGGUAAGAGUACUAUCAUAAGCGUUGCAGUGCUAUAGUUAUUAAAAUGCAUCAUGAAGUUAA